AUGAGUGAUACAAAUUCCAACGCCAAUGAGCCUACGCAAACAAUCAUCAAGCAAGAGGAAAUGCCAGAUGUCAACACAUUAAGUUCGGCAUCAAGUCAUGAUUUACCAGUGAUUAAUAAGCAAGAAACCGAAGCAUCCGAUGCCUUAUCGUCCUUCAAUAAUAUUUUACUUGAUCAAGAAGCACAUGAUGUCUUGCUUGGCUUGACACAACUAACUAAUCAUGAUGAUGAGUCGAAUCAAGACGAAUCAAAGGAAAGUGCAACAAGAACAACUUCAACAUCAACAACAAGUAUUUCUAAUGGAAAAAAUUUAACUUACUGCUCAGUUUGUAGGAGAAGUAGCGAGCAAGUCAACUUCCACAAAAAUUACACAAUCAACACUAAUAAUUACAAAAAUUAUUGUGGAACUUUCCCUCACUUUGCCGAUCAAAUUCCAAAACCUAAAGAAGGUGAAUCUCAUGUUGUGUGUUCUACAUGUUAUAAUAAGCAGUGGAGAUUUGCUAAUGGAAAGUACGAUCCACAUAAGGAUCGUGCUUUCAAUAAGAGAGAAGGGCUUCAGAGGACACCAAAAGCACCUAAAGGAUCAAAGCAAAAGGCAGCUGCUUCCACUAGUUCAGAAAAUUCAGAUCUCCUCAACACUAGUACUAACACCACUGAUUCCAAUACUGAGGGAAAUAAGAGAAAGAUCGAUGAAGAGGAAGGAGGUGAAAAUCUCUUCGUCCCAAUUGAAUCUCCAAAUAAGAGAGUGAAGAGGGCUUCCAAAGCUAAGAAAGGUCAAUCACCAACUCAACAAUACGAAUCUAAAUUUGUCAUUGAAUCAACAACACCACCUGUAGUUGUUGCUUCUACAUCAUCAAAUAAUGCAGUUCCAAUUAGAUGUUCAUUUGGAAUUGCUUCAGCAUCUCCAGCAGCAAGUUUUGCCAAGAAGGAGGAAAUUACUUUCCUCAUUAGUUAUAUGAAACGUUUUAAUGGAAUAUUGGAGGAUAUUUACACAACUAAGAUUGCUACACAUCAUUGUCCAGAAACUGUUGAACAACUCAGAGAUUUAGUCAUGGAAAGAUUAUCUCAAAAGAAGGGAGAUGUAUUCAUUUUCGAUCGUGCUUGUUGUAACUCUGUCGAUCGUUUCAACAAUCCAAUCAAGAUUGAAAUUGAUGAAUUCUUCUUUAAAGAUGUAAAGCUAGCUAAUAAUGAUUCAUUAUGGAUCUAUGUAAAUGAUAAGCAAUAA